CCAGAAUCAAGUUACCUCUAGAAUGGAAAGAAUAACGUUCUUAGACCCCACAUGAAAACAUGAUCCUACAAAUGCUAAAUACAAAUCUCUUUUUACUUCAUCAUUCCAAUUCCAAUUCCAAUUCCAAUUCCAACUUCACUUCACCACUCUACCUAGCUUCUCCAUGGCUUCCUUCCUCCUCUUUCUCUCUCUCCCCCUCCUCUUCUUUUCCCCUGUCUCAUCCUCUUCGUCACCGUCAUCGUUACCGGAUGAUCAAAUCCCAAAAAGUUAUAUAAUCUAUAUGGGUGGAUCAAAUGUAGAAGAUGAUGAGUCAGAUAUGAAAGUUGCAGAGUCUGCUCAUUUACAAUUGCUUUCUUCUGUUAUUCCAAGUGACGAGGGAGAAAGGAUGUCGGUGAAUCAUGUCUACCAUCAUUCAUUCAGGGGAUUCUCUGCUUUUCUUACUCCCAGUGAAGCUUCUCUUCUUUCCGGUCAUGAUGAGGUAAUCUCAGUGUUUCGUGAUCCAAUAUUAAAGCUCCAUACUACAAGAUCUUGGGAUUUCUUGGAUCAACAAUCUAGAUUUGGAUCUAAAUUUCAACAUCACUACCAUGGAUUGUUUGCCUCUACUGAUGUCAUCAUAGGAAUGAUUGACACAGGGAUAUGGCCGGAAUCUCCAAGUUUUAGUGAUAAAGGUCUAGGAGAAAUACCCAAGAGAUGGAAAGGAGUUUGCAUGGAAGGCUCCGACUUCAAGAAGUCUGAUUGUAACAGGAAGUUAAUUGGUGCAAGAUACUACAUCCACCAAGGCGGCUUUGGAAAAUACAGCAACUCCACUGCCACUAAGUCAAAUGUCUCAGCACGAGACCAUGAUAGUCACGGUACCCAUACAGCAUCGACUGCUGCAGGUGUCCAAGUUAGAAAUGCUAGUUACUUUGGGUUGGCACAAGGCACUGCCAAAGGAGGCUUACCGUCUGCUAGGAUUGCUGUUUACAAGGCUUGCACUUUAGAUAAUUGUGCUGGUUCCACUAUAUUGAAGGCUAUUGAUGAUGCUGUCAAUGAUGGUGUCGACAUAAUAUCAAUAUCACUUGGAAUGGAUCUACUCUUACAAGCUGAUUUUUUGAGUGAUCCAAUAGCCAUUGCAGCAUUUCAUGCUAAUCAAAUGGGGGUUAUGGUGGUUUGCUCUGCAGGAAAUAGUGGUCCAGACCCAUUUACUGUUGUCAAUACAGCUCCAUGGAUAUUAACUGUGGCCGCUUCCAAUAUCGACAGGGAUUUUGAAUCAACCCUGCUCCUAGGAAACAAUGCAACUUUCAAAGGGUCUGGUAUCACAUUGUCAAAUCUUACAAUCUCUAGCCAAUAUCCACUUGCAUUUGCUGGUGAUGCAGCCUCUGCGUUCACCCCUCCUUCAGAGGCAAGCAAUUGCUAUCCAGGAUCACUGGAUCCUACGAAAGUAGCUGGGAAAAUAGUGGUUUGUUUGAACAGUUACCCAACUAUAUCACGGCGAAUUAAAAUGUUGGUGGUACAAGAUGCUGGAGCAAGAGGCUUGCUUUACAUCAGUAAUGUUGAAAAAGGUGUGCCUUUUGAUUCAGGUGCUUUCCCGUUUACACAAGUUGGAGAAGAUGACGGAAUUCAGAUACAGAAGUACAUAAAGUCUACCAGGAAACCAACAGCAACAAUCCUCUCAACAGUUGCUGUGCAAAGAUAUAAACCAGCACCAAUUGUUGCAGAUUUCUCAUCAAGAGGUCCUGGAGAACUCACAGAAAAUAUUCUUAAGCCAGACAUUAUGGCGCCUGGAGUUGCAAUACUAGCAGCGAAUAUUCUAGAAAGUGAACCGGGACAAGAUCCUGUUGGAAAGAAGCCAUCAAAAUUUGCUAUAAAAUCCGGUACAUCCAUGGCUUGUCCUCAUGUAACUGGUGCGGCGGCUUUUAUCAAAUCUAUUCACCACAAAUGGACACCAUCCAUGAUUAAAUCAGCAUUGAUGACAACAGCAACUGUUGCUGAUAACACGGGGAGAGGUUUGACAAAUAGUUCAGGUGGCACUGCAAAUCCACACGAAACUGGAGCUGGGGAGAUAAGUCCAGUCCAAGCCCUUAAUCCAGGAUUAGUGUUUCCAACCACUACAGAGGAUUACUUCCAUUUUCUAUGUUACAGUGGAUAUACAGAGAAGAUCCUCCGAUCUUUGACAAGCACAAAAUUCAGCUGUCCUAAAGUUUCCUCUGAUAAGCUUAUAUCAAACUUAAACUACCCAUCCAUCUCAAUAGGUGAACUGAAAAGAACUAAUGACAAAAGAGUUACAAGGCAUGUAAUCAAUGUCGGGUCACCAAACACAACAUACACAGCGACAGUACGUGCCCCAGAGGGAUUAAGGAUAAGCAUUUUUCCAAAGAAGAUAUAUUUUCGUAAGGGUUUGACAACAGCAACUUUCAAUGUUUCAUUCCAUGGCAAGGAAGCUCAAAAAGGCUAUAAUUAUGGCUCACUAACUUGGUUUGACGGACUACACAGAGUCAGAAUUGUAUUUGCUGUAAAUAUUGUAGAUUGAUAUGAUUGAGGAACUACAUGCACACACAUUCUUCAUAACUACAUGUGUAUAUAUAUUUCACACAAACCUCCACAGCUCAAACUCAAGAUUUCAGUAUGAUGAUUAAAUAUGUCUUGUAACACUCAUCUAUUUAUUGUCCAUACCACAGUCUUACGACGUUUAUCAUACUUUUGAUUUA